AGCAACACAGUGAACGCUUCAGCUCUUGGUCUUGAGUCGGCUCAGCAGCCAUUUUUCCUAAACUCCUGAACGAACGACAGUAUCGUACUUGGAUAUAUCUAGGUAUACAGAUAAGGAAAACUUCGUCAUCGGUGUGAGACACUUGUGGGAAAGGGUCAUACUUCGAGGAAAAACUUUUCCCCACCACCUUCAGCUUCCAGUGACCCGAAUUGAAACUCUAUCAUAAUGGAAGGCAGUGGCCCGUCACCAACAUCGUUGAACAAUUUCCGCAUCGUGUACCUGAUUACACAAAUGGUGGGCGCUACGAUCAUCAUACUGAUCGGUUCCUGGGUCGGCGUGCACUUGGGAGGACUUUCAUGGUCGUCCAAUCCUGCGGUUCAGUUCAACUGGCACCCUUUGCUGAUGUCGUUCGGGAUGAUCUUCCUGUACGGAAAUUCCAUCUUGGUCUACAGAGGGUUGCGUUACGCUCGGAAGAAACCACUGAAGGUCACCCAUGCCGUCAUCCAUGGACUAGCGUUUCUCUUCACGGUCAUUGCUCUGGUAGCUGCCUUCGAUUCUCAUAAUUUGGCCAAAACCCCCAUUCCGAACAUGUAUACGCUGCAUUCGUGGGUCGGAAUGGCAGCGGUUGUCCUGUUCGGAUGUCAGUACCUGUUUGGAUUCGUAUCAUAUCUAUUCCCGGGAGUACGCGAAUCCCUCCGUUCCACAUACAUGCCGAUUCACGUGUUCUUCGGCAUUGUUGGAUUCAUACUGGCGAUCGCCGCUUCGUUGCUUGGACUUCUUGAGAAAGCAAUAUUUUCGAUUGGAGACUAUCGAUACCUGCCGCCACAGGGUGUACUAGUAAACAUGAUCGGAAUGCUGCUUCUAGUAUACGGUGGCCUGGUGGUAUUCCUGGUGACAGAACCGAUGUACAAACGCAAACCACUACCCGAGGAUGUGAUGCUGUUGACUCAUAGCCCAUCAUCACAAUAAGCAUACAUCAGUGAGCCCCAUUCAGUCAAAGCUAUAUCAUAAGGUACUUACAAUUGCUAUUGUUAUGCAACGUAUCUCAUUACCCACUAAAUGUGUGACGCUCAAUCGUACUUAUACGCGUUGCCGUUUGGUACAAAUAAAAGUGAAAUUAAUUUAUGGCGGCUAAAUACACUUUUGUUUACUUCAGAUGCACAAAACAGUCGAGGUGAAAAAUUUACAGCCAUAUUUUUUGCUUCACAUUCCUUCAUUCAUUUUCAUCUACAACAGACGCCUCAAAGUACGACAUACACAAAAAUAAAGAAACAGAGUGUACAUAUAAUAUUGUCUAUUUAAAUAACUAAAUCAAUGUGAUAAAGAAGAAUACAUCAACUA